AUGGAUCAGCAAGAUGUAACAAAGGAUUUGCUUUAUUUGGGCUUUGAUUUUCUAAACAAGGGAAGUAGUUUGCCUGAAGUCCUUGAAGAAACGCAUUGGGGUUUAAACAGUCCCUUGCCUAGUUUGAUGUACUUGAGCCUAUCCAACAAUCAUUUAGUUGGCAAUUUGCCAGAAUGGUUGAGUCAACUUAAUAAUCUUGUAGGAUUGUCUCUAGACUAUAACUUGUUUCAUGGCCCCAUCCCUGCUUCUUUAGGAAACUUACAAAACUUAACUGGUGUAAACCUUUCGGGGAACCAACUGAACGGGACUCUUCCUGAUAGUUUUGGUCAGCUUUCUCAGCUAUCUGCCUUGGAUGUUUUCCUUUAUAAUCUGAUAGGUUCAAUCUCUGAAGUGCAUUUCUCAAAGCUUAAUAAAUUAAAGUUCUUGAGAUUGAGCUCCAAUUCAUUCUUUUCCAAUGUCAGUUCCAAUUGGGUACCUCCAUUCCAGGUCCAGGAUCUUGAAGUAGGUUCAUGUCAUCUGGGUCCUACUUUUCCAGCUUGGCUAAGAACACAAAAAGAAGUUCAUCGCUUGAUAUCUCCAAUGCCAGCAUCUCUGAUUCCAUACCAAACUGGUUCUGGGAUAUUUCCUCCAACUUUAUCUUGUUAA